CUUGCUGCUGCUGCUGCUGCCGCUGACGAGCCAUCAUCGCGACGAGCCGAGCCUCAUCUUGCCUGCGCCUGCCGACCAGCAACGAACCAAACAAAACGAGCAUUCUCCGACACGACCGUGCCCUGCUGAGCGAGCGACAUAUCACCACCGCUACUCCCUCAGUAUCCGAGCCGAGAACGGAAUCCCCCCCGUCGCCAGCAAUGGACCUCGCCAUCGUCACCAUCCCCCCUCUCACCGACCACACGCACACCGUGGUCUUCCUCCACGGCCGCGGCGAUAAUGCCAAGGACUUCGCCUCCUCGAUCCACUACUCCACCACCUCCCGCGGCCUCACCCUUCCCGAGGCCUUCCCGUCCUUCCGCUGGGUCUUCCCGUCCGCCGGCAUCUUGGACGUCGCGUGCAUGCCUGGCGACCGCCGCAGCCAGUGGUUCGACAUCUGGGACGUCAGCAACUUCAAGGACCACGAAGAGGUCCAGCAGCCGGGCCUGCGCGAGAGCGUCGCCGCCCUGCGCAAGAUCCUGCGCAGCGAAGCCGAGACGCUCGGCGGCCAAUGGGGCAAGGUCGUCCUCGCCGGCAUCAGCCAGGGCGGCGCUGUCGGCGUGCACACGCUGCUCAACCUCGCCACCGACGGCGAGACGCGCCUCGGCGCCUUCCUCGGCUUCUCGUCUCGCCUGCCGUUCCCCGGGCGGUCGCUGCCGGAGACGAGAAAGGUCCUGGCCCUCGAGGGCGUGCCUGCGGGCAAUGGCGUCUUGAGGAAGACGCCUGUGCUUCUGGAGCAUUGCGUGGACGACCCUCUUGUGCUAGUGGAUUGGGGCCGGCAGCUGAGAGACCAGCUCGUCGAGUUUGGCGCCCAGGUGACGUGGAAGGAGUACCCAGACGGCGGCCACUGGUUCAAUUCUCCAAAGGGCAUCGACGACGCCGUGGCUUUCAUCAGCCAGUCAUUGGACGUACGGAGUGUGUGA